GUGGGACCGACCGGAGAUUUACACCGGAAGUUAGGGGAUGGGCCUGGGAAAGUGACCGGAAGUGAACACCAGCCAACCGGGACAGAAGGAGAGAGGGAAAGGGGAGGAGGCGUGGGCUCCUCAUCCCGGACCCAGUUGAGGGGUGAGGCUGGGGUCGCGUCCAAAGACAGCGUCCACAUCCCUGGACCCUCCUGUCAUCAUCGUUCCAUACUCGUCUCUACCUCCUCCUCCUUUGCCGCUCUGCCUCCACAGCUCCUUUCCCCCCCCCUCCCCGGCCUUGUCAUCCCCCUCCCCUGGCUCUGAAGCCCCCCAGGCUCUCCUGCGGCCUGGUCACCCGCCCAAGCCCCCAUCCCCGGCCUGACCACCUCCCCCUACGCCCUCCCCAGGCCCCAUAGAUCCCCUUCCCUGCGCCCCCUCCCCCGCAGCCUCCCGCCUUGGUCAGUUCAGCCUUCACCCCAGGGCCCCGCCCCGUCCGGCCCUGGCCCCGUCCCCAUGUGCGCAGGGGCCUCCCGGGCCUGGCCAUGAAGCUGAAGCUGAAGAACGUGUUUCUCGUCUAUUUCCUGGUAUCCCUCACCGGCCUCCUCUACGCCCUCCUACAGCUCGGCCAGCCCUGUGACUGCUCCCCACACCUUCGGGCAGCUGCCGAACACCUCCGCAGGAAAGACCUGAAGAUCUCCCAGUUGCAGGCGGAGCUUGGCCGGCCUCCCCCGGCUCCCGCCCAGCCCCCCGAACCUGAGGCUCUGCCCACCAUCUACGUCGUGACCCCUACCUAUGCCAGGUUGGUACAGAAGGCUGAGCUGAUCCGCCUCUCACAGACCCUGUCCUUAGUGCCCAGACUACACUGGGUCCUGGUGGAGGAUGCCGAGGCCCCUACUCCAAUGGUCUCCACACUGCUGGCUGCCUCUGGCCUCCGAUUCACUCACCUAGUGGCCCUCACACCUAAGGGACAGCGGCUUCGAGAAGGGGAGCCAGGCUGGGUCCGGCCCCGGGGGGUGGAGCAGCGGAACCGAGCCCUGGAUUGGCUCCGAGGAAAAGAAGCUGCGGUUGGUGGGGAAAGGGCCCCACCCCCUGUGGGGUCUCGAGGGGUCGUGUACUUUGCUGAUGACGACAACACCUAUAGCCGGGAGCUCUUCGAGGAGAUGAGGGGAACCCGAGGUGUGUCUGUGUGGCCGGUGGGGCUGGUCGGCGGCCUGCGAUUUGAGGGGCCCCAGGUGCAGGGGGGCCAGGUGGUGGGCUUUCACACAGCCUGGGAGCCCAACCGGCCCUUCCCUCUGGACAUGGCGGGCUUCGCCAUAUCCCUCCCCCUUCUCCUGUCUCGGCCUGGAGCCCAGUUUGACCCCACGGCCCCCCGGGGCCACCUGGAGAGCAGUCUCCUCAGCCAUCUCAUCGACCCCAAGGAUCUGGAGCCCCGGGCUGCAAACUGCACACGGGUGCUGGUGUGGCACACGAGGACUGAGAAACCCAAGAUGAAACAGGAGGAGCAGCUGCAGAGGCAAGGACGGGGCUCAGACCCCGGCAUCGAGGUGUGACCGGUGAUGCUGAGAGACUCCUUGGGAUGUAGGUAUGCUAGAGGAGUUGUCCCCUUGCCUUCCAAGGACCAUGUAGGUUGCCAAGGUCAUGACCCUCCAGAUUCUGGGUCUGCCCCACGGGCCUGGUGGACACAGUGACCAUUUCCAGGGCUCCUCCCUCCCCCCAUCUUGCCACGUGGAGCUCUCCAGAGAGGACAAGUGGACGAUGGUGUUGAGCCAGGUCAGCGCUGGGGUGGGGAGAUGCCCCAGGACAGAUGGACUCUGCCAGAAGACCAGGGAUGACUGCCCGAUGAGGGCUGCUGUCCAGUUACUCAGUGGACAUGGGCAUGCAUUUGGGGAUCUGAUCAGGAAGGGGCUGCUGGGUCCCUCCCCACAGUGAGCAUGUUCCCCCAUUCCUACCUCCAGAAUAAAGUAUGUCAAUCCUC